AUGGAGAUCGUAGAGUCAUCUUCAUUAGUUUCGAACAAAAAAAACUCAUCCCAAAAUUUUGUAGAUAUCGAAAAUUCCACCGAUAGAAAUUUGCACUAUUCUGCAGAAGUUGAACCAGUGGCUCAUGACCUUGCGUGGUAUGUAUCCGAUAUCAAACAACUUUUAACCUCCUCCGCCGAAGUCGAAGGAGAGCCGAGUGAUGAUACUAGAUUACAAUAUGCAAUAAGACGUUAUCGCAAAGCGUGUGAGCUUUUCCCAGAUUCUUAUGACCUCAAGUUCAUCGGUCACAAAAUUGCCAUCAAAGAAGGUGACAUGUCUCAGGCGAUAAUGUACUUCGAUGAACUACGAAGGUUAUUCCCUGAUCAUGAGCCGUUAAAAGAAUAUCUAAUGGAGAUCACUGAAUCCGUGCGCCAUCAAACUACUGACGAUAAUUUCAGUGAAAAUCUACCUUUUGAUCCGACCCACGUUGACGAGCUUGACGGCACGGCUAGCAUUGGGACGCCAGGAGGCUUGAUCUUUCUAGAUUCAAAACACCGAACCGAUGCACAUUAA